AAAGACUUGGCUGUGCUCCGAAUAUUUGGUGUGUAUGUAAAUAUCACUUUUUAAAACUGUCGUUUUGGAUAUUGCGCAAUUAAACCCAUGCGCAAUAAACCAGUAUUGUAUGCGCAGUUUGUAGUUUAAAUAUUCUAAAAGGCGCGUCCUAAUAUCAAUGUCAAGGACAUGAUCGCGGGCGCAAUUAAUUUUGCGUUUUAUUGUUUAAUUUUGGUUUUUAAGAUUACCUGAUCAGAGUAUCAAGAACUUCUUGAAGAAACUCGUAUAGCUAGAAAACUGCAAGAAAUGGACAAAUGGUUGUCGCCCGUCCUCAGUAGCUUAACGACGGAGUUUUCGGAUUGUCGUGUUAUCGUAGGCUCCACAACUUUCGAGUGCCAUAAAAUUAUUUUGUCCAGUGCCUCGGAGUUCUUUAAGGGCAUGCUGUUGGGCAAUUUCAAAGAAUCUAUUUCGGGUCAGAUUUACCUACAGAACGUCACGCCAGAGAUUUUUGAAAAAUUCCGUAACUAUGUUUACAGCUACAACAAGGAAACGCUCAAUGGAUAUGAAAAUGCUAUCCUAAUGGAUCUGUACAAGUCCGGCAAUCAAUGGCUGGUACCGUCAAUAACCUCCGAUUGUCUGAGCGUGCUGACCGAACGUGCCAGAACCAUGAAUCUGGAGGAACUUAUUGAGCUUUAUGAGUUUGCGCACAACUACGACAAUAAGUCCUUUAUUCAGACAAUUACUUCUCUUAUGAUGACUCAUCAUUUCGAUAAGUUGCUAUGUAAACGAGUCCUUCUGCUUGGUUCGGAUGUGUUUAUUCAAUAUAUCACCACGGUUGCCAAAAUGAAACCGGAAAUUGAACGUUAUAGGAUGAUUGAAAAAUACGUGGAAAUAAACGGAUUCCUGAAGGAUAUAAACGAUAAAGAAAACCGUGAAAUAAAUGAAGUAAAUCAUUUGGACAGUAAUGUGGAUGAACUGAUUAAUAAAACAGAAAAUAUGAAAAUAGAACCAGAUACCGAAAAAGCGCCAGUAAAAAAUGAUAAAGCGAGUAGCGAGCUUAAAGGAAAGCUUAAAGCUGAUUUCGUCAAAUCUUUACUUAUUGCCAUAGACUAUACUAAAAUGACUGUUAGGGAGUUCUACAAUGGUCCAGGAAAAUCUGAGUUGCUGACAUAUCAAGCCAAAUAUGAAACCCUAUAUAAAAUUGUCAGGAAAAGAAGCUACGCAAAAUAUUUGUUUGACGAUUAAGCUUUAAGUGAAUUAAUACCAAUAUAUGUUUAAUAAAUAUAUUCUUUAUGUUGACAAUACGCAGGAAU